GGGCAAACGAAGGUAUUACGUAGAUCUGCGGUAGCUACAUUGACCAAGCAAAUAAUUCUUGCUAAUUGCUACCUUUUUUUUCACUCAUUGCUGGGGACAACCUUAGAGAAGACAAUAAGUAACAGACAAAGCAAGCAGAACAGGAGGAAUUUGUAUCACGUAGCUUGCUAGGCCAAGGCAGAUAAUUGACUGGCACCCCACUCCGGUACAGCACGGCACUAUAAUAKAGAAAAGAUGGAGCUUCGCGUCGGCAAGAAGUACCGGCUCGGCCGAAAGAUCGGAAGUGGUUCCUUUGGUGAUAUUUACCUUGGAACAAACAUGACCACUGGAGAAGAAGUGGCAAUCAAACUCGAAUCGGUUAAGACYAAGCACCCGCAAUUGCUCUACGAGAGCAAGAUUUAUCGGAUUUUGCACGGAGGAUGUAAGUGAAAUGCUGCGUGAUAUGYUUCUUGAGUCAGCCUCUAUCAAUAUAUCGUUUCCAUAGAGAGUUCGGCCUUCCUUUGCCAGAAAAGUGAAAUUUUUCCGAUAUUUUACUCACAAACUAUAUACUUUUUGGUCGUACGACAUGAUGGCGUGUUUAACUUAAUUAUUCUUUCAUCUAUAUUCCAGUGGGCAUUCCAAAUGUUCGAUGGUACGGUAUYGAAGGAGAUUACAACGUCAUGGUCUUGGAUCUUCUUGGGCCGUCCCUUGAGGAUUUAUUCAAUUACUGCGGGCGAAGGUUCCAGCUCAAGACGGUAUUGAUGUUGGCGGAUCAAUUGCUGAGCCGACUGGAAUACGUACACACGAAAUCAUUCAUUCACAGAGAUGUCAAACCGGACAAUUUUUUGAUUGGGUUAGGAAAGCGGCAGUCGGUGAUCCACAUUAUUGAUUUCGGUUUGGCCAAGAAAUAUCGCGAUCCUCGAUCCCAUCAGCACAUUCCGUACCGUGAAAACAAGAAUCUGACUGGAACGGCGCGAUAUGCUUCGAUUAACACCCAUAUUGGAAUAGAGCAGAGUCGCAGAGAUGAUCUCGAAUCCCUUGGAUACGUCCUGAUGUAUUUCAUCCGUGGAUCACUCCCCUGGCAGGGACUGAAGGCCAACACCAAAAAGCAAAAGUACGAACGCAUCAUGGACCGAAAAAUGUCUACUAGCACYGAACAACUGUGCAAGGGAUACGCCACUGAGUUCCGAUCUUAUUUUGAAUAUUGCAGAUCCUUGCGCUUUGAGGAUAGACCKGAUUACGCUUAUUUGAAGCGACUCUUCAAAGAACUUUUUUAUCGAAAGGGAUUCCAAUACGACAAUAUGUUCGACUGGACUGUUUUGAAUUUGCAGCAGGAGCGAUCGCGGGCGCCACAAGAGCGACCCGUGUUGUCCAACCAACAGGGUGGUAGCGGAGAUCAACCAAGUCAGAGGGCUUCGGAGAGCCAAGGAAAAGGUGGUCGAGAAUCUUAUCACCCCGAUGGAAGCGACCAGCGAAAACAGCCACCUGGCGUCGGUAAUGCCGAUGAAAAGGAGCGAAGCCGUUCUGGUAAUGGAAACAAUGACGACCAGCGUAGCGGGUCGCGUGGCUAUGGAGCUAACAGCCAAUCGCAUGGAAGACAACAACAACAGCCACAAUUGUCGGAUCACAAUCGGAGCCAGCAAAAUGUGUCAGCCCAGGGUUCGAACCAAGGAGGACGAUAAAAGAAACGACACAAAUUCAAUGUUGCUUCGAGGCGUCGUUAUUGGGCGAGGAGUUCUGCAAUACAAUGGAUCAUUUGCUUGGAGGGGCUCACACUGAGGAAGUUUACGACAGCAACCUUUUGUUGCAAACGAGAAAGAUUCGACUGAAGUGUAGAUCGUUCAUUCAUUUUGCAAUGGUCGCCUUCACGUCCGAAGAAAACUUGUAUAAAUUCUACGCAAACUAGUUUAUGACAUUUCACAAUGUCAUAAUCUAGACUAUGCUGUAGUUUUCUCCGCCAGUUCCCUUCCGCAACUGCUUCAAAAGAAUGGAAAAUAUAUGAAUACAUCGAGA